AUGCCAUUACCAUGGAAUUCCGCAACAGUUUUACCACCCCCUGUAACUAUGUUUUUAUGUGUUACUAAAUUUGAUUUGCCUGCAUUAAAACAAAUAACUAACAAUAUUAUCAAAGUUUUAUCAAAGCAGUCACCUCUACACAAAGAAAGUGCCAUUUGUUCAAGAUUUUUGUAUAAAUAUGACAAGAAAUUUCGCAAUGAUAUAGGUUAUAGGAAUUUGAGAAAGGUAAAUACAGCUCUGAGGAAAUACUUAGCCUUAAACCUUUUGAAAGAAAUAGAAAACUUUUCAUCAGCUCUCCCAACUGCUGGAGAUGAUGAUGACCUUUACUUACCUUCCAGGCAAAUGUUACAAUAUGUGUUACUAAGAAUAAUGGCAUUUGCUAAAAUAAUGGUGCGGAUAUCCACCUGUUCAAAACAAGCAGCAGUAUUCUAUUUAGAUAGAAUAAAAAGGGCAGAGAGUCACUGGAUGAGUUUACUUCCUUAUGCACUAUUGAGUAGAUUGUGGUCUAUGAGUAUGGUGCUUCUCCAACACAGUACCGUCUGGUAUUCAAACUUAUACCCAUAUUUAAAUAAAUUGCAAAUGAAAGGACUGGAUUUCCUGCCUAACAAUUAUGAAUUACCAGAAGACUUGGACCAGUGGUUAGACUUGAAGCAUAUUGAUGAGUUUGGCAAAUUUGAUUGGGCUCAGAAGAAAGACAUUAACAUUGAUAACACAUUGAAUGAUGAUGAUAAUGAUUUGUUAGAUAAUAUACUAGAUUAUGUAAACCAAAAUGAUGAUAAUGAAAUUGAAUCCCAACAUGAGGAGGAAAUUAAGCCAAUAUCUGUAAAAACUGAAGAGGCCCCAAUUGCGGUGCCAAAUAUAACAGAAAUAGAUCAUGGUGUUGCACUAUCUAGAGAAAGUUUUAAACUGCUCCUAAACACUAGUAAAAAUGGUAAACAAGAUCAAGUGCCACCACCUAAGAAAGAGAGACAGCAUUCCUAUAAAACAGUAACUAAUUCUACUUCACUGAAAAAAUUUAUUGAAGUAGAAGAAAAUUUUAGGAAUGAAUCUGACAGUAAGUCACUAACAAGUCAUUUGAGCCUGAUGCAGUGGCAUGCUCUUAAAAACACUUUACUCAAAUUAUGUGACACUCCUACCAACAGGAAGAUAGAUAAGAAAUUCCAUAAAAUAUGGAAACAAAAAUGUUUAGAUUACAUGUAA